AUUACAAUCCUUGAUCUAUAUUGUAUAGUGAGACUGAUAUAGAGUACAUCAUGAUUUGUUCUUUCUCUUUGUUCUGCGGCUUUGGUGAUACAUCAUGGACUAAUCCAAGCCGGUUCUACUGACUCGUACAAUAAACAACACUCGUGAUACAAACAAUGUAUGCGUCAAAGUUGAGGACUGCUCAACACGUAUUGGAAGUAAACGUGAUCUGAAUACGAAUAUCUGGAUACACUGUGACGAUCUCUGAAAAGAAAUAUGUUGUCCAGUAACGAUAAAUGUGUUUAAUGAAGAUCUCUGAAAAGAAGAAAAUUUUCCAGUGACAAUCUCUGAAAAGACAUAUGUUGUCCAGUGACGAUAUAUGUGUCAAAGUUGAGGACUCGUCAACACGUAAACGUGGAAGGAAACCCGGUCUGAAAACGAAUAUCUGGAUACACUCCGAAGAAAGACCAUACAAAUGCGGGAUGUGCUCGAAGUGUUUCCCUGUCAAGUAUAGCGUCAAGAAACACACGAUGAUCCACAUUAGGGAGAGACCAUUUCAGCGCGGGGUGUGCAGGAAACGCUUUCGUCUGAAGCAACAUCUGAAAGGCCACAUGGUUGCCCACUCUGGGGUCAGGAACCUACAGUGUGAGGUGUGUGCCAAAUGCUUCUCUCGCAGUUCCAGUCUUCGCUUGCACAUAUUCACUCACGGUGCUAAGAAGUUCAAAUGUGAAGUGUGUUCAAAAGGCUUCUCGCAGCGCGGUCACUUGACCCGACAUAUGUUGGUUCACGAUGGACUACGGUUUACGCCUUUUGAAUGCAAAGUGUGUGCAAAGUGUUUCACUCAUCGUCACACCUUGACGCGACAUAAGUUGAUUCACACUGGCGUUAGGGCUUUUAAGUGUGAAGUAUGUGCAAAAUGUUUCUAUAGGAAUUUCCAUUUGAAGCAGCAUAUGUUGACUCACAGUGGUGCUAAGCCUUAAAUGUGCGGCGUGUUCAAAAGGUUUCCAACAGCCAGCGAAUUUGAGACGACAUAUGUCGGUACACUCUGGGUUAAAUGUUAAAUCGUUAAAUGUGAUGUAUGUGCAGAUGUUUUCGUAAAGAGAAAAGACUUGAAGAGGCAUAUGUCAAUUCAUACUGUCAGUUAAGUCUUUCAAAUGUGUUGUAUACACAACUUUGCAUAAAGAGAAAAGACUUGAAGAAUCAUAUGUCAAUUCAUACUGGCAGUUAAGUCAUUCAAAUGUGAUGUAUGUGCAGAUGGUUUCGUAAAGAGAAAAGACUUGAAGAGGCAUAUGUCAUUUCACUCUGGAAGUUAAGUCUUUCAAAUGUGUUGUAUGUGCAGAUGUUUUUGUGAAGAGAAAAGACUUGAAGAAGCAUAUGUUAAUUCAUUCUGGAAGUUAAGUCUUUCAAAUGUGUUGUAUGUGCAGAUGUUUUUGUAAAGAAAAAAGACUUGAAGAUGCAUAUGACAAUUCACUCUGAAAGUUAAGUCUUUCAAAUGUGUUGUAUGUGCAGAUGUUUUUGUAAAGAGAAAAGACUUGAAGAGGCAUAUGUCAAUUCACACUGGUAGUUAAGUCUUUCAAAUGUGAUGUAUAUGCAGAUGUUUUUGUAAAGAGAAACUACUUGAAGAGGCAUAUGUCAAUUCACACUGGAAGUUAAGUCUUUCAAAUGUGAUGAAUACACAACUUUCCAUAAACAGGGAACAUUUUGUUUUCAUUUUUUUUAUUAACAACAGUAUGUAAUCGAUAUGAAAAUUGAUACAGUAUGAUAAAAUAAAUAUGAACGGACAAUUAUUAAAUAACUUUUCUGUCAUUUAUGUAUUGCAAUUUUAUUUAGUAGCCACAAAGAACAAAAUUAAUAAAUUCAGAUACAUUCAUAUUUUAUGUACACAAGGUGGUAAGUCAUAAUAUGUAUUAUCUUGUUUGUUCCCAUUAAUAAAAAAAUAAACUUGCUUAUGGUUAUCUGAACAGCUGUAAAAGGUGGUUCUAAACGGAAGGAAAUGUUUCAUUUAACAACGCAUGCAACACAUUUUAUUUACGGUUAUAUGGCGUCGCACAUAUGGUUAAGGACCACACGUAUAUUGAGAGAGGAAACCCGCUGUCGCUACUUCAUGGGCUACUCUUUUUCAUUAGCAGCAAGGGAUCUUUUAUAUGCACCAUCCCACAAACGGUAGUAAAUACUACAGCCUUUUUGAUGUACCAGUCGUGGUUCACUGGCUGGAACAAGAAAUAGCUCAAUGGGUCCACUGACGGGGAUCGAUCCCAAACCGACCGCGCAUCAAGCGAGCGCUUUACCAUUGGGCUACGUCCCGCCCCGGUUCUUAUCGGAGAAGAACUUGGCAAGAACAAAAAGAUGCCGGUCAAAACUUAGAAAAUGGGACUUUGGCAGUACAUGGAUAUCUAUUCCCAGAUAUAUUUCACAUGUUCUUGGUUAUUGAGGAAGACCUUCAAAAUUUAAUAAUGUAAAAAAAUAUGGAUGGCGAAAUUACACGAUGCUUUUUUGAAUUGUGUCAUGAUAUCUCAAUCUUGCAUAGCGAUUCGCGACGCGAUACUGCAUAAAAUUCUCGCUGAGAAAGAGAAAAUACUUGAAGAAACAUAUAUCAAUUCACUUUCACUGUUACGUGUUUCAAAUGAUGUAUAUUAAGCGCUCGCUCGAUGCGCGGUCGGUCUGGGAUCUACCUCCGUGAAGUAAUUGGUCAAACAUUACAACCGGUAGUUCAGUAGUACAGAAGAUUUUAUGACCGCCAAAGAUCUUGAAGGAUGAUUGGCGUCAGAAGUGAAAUUUGAAUGCUGACGUUUUUUUUAUCAGUAAAUCGCAAAUUCAAACAUUAAUGACUAAAACCAAAACAAUAACAACUGUAUUA